UCGAGCUUGACAGCGUGCAGAGAGGCGGGGGAUUGCGAACAGACAGACUAGAGGUCUGCUGCGGACUAAGGCGGAGAAGGCGACGCUGAAAUAGGUUCGAAAAGUUCCUCUUAACUACCUCAACGUUCGACGCAAAACACAGAGAGACACCACUGGAGUUUUUGAAGCCCGUCAGUUCCCCCAGUCAGACAUGAGGAGCCCUCCAGGCAUGGGUUGCUGAGCAGCUGAGGUUAGAGUUCAAGCGCUCGUUCCUGCAGUCAUGGCUGACAGAGAGGGGCUGCCCACCGCCCCUGGCCAGGUCUACAUCGAGGUGGAGUAUGACUAUGAGUACAAGGCCAAAGACAAGAUGGUAACCAUCCGCCAGGGAGAGUGGUACAUGCUGGUGAAGAAGACCAAUGAGGACUGGUGGCAGGUGAGGAAGGAGGAGGGCACAAAGGCUUUUUAUGUGCCGGCACAGUACGUCAGGGAGGUGCGUCGGGCACUCAUGCCCCCCCAGAAGCCCACCUUGAGGACCAAACCCACCGUUUUGGAUAUCUGCCGGGCAUCCAAUGAAAACCUCAACAGACCCCAGCCGGAAAUGUCCAGCUUUGGGCGUCCGUCGCCUUCCUCUACCCCGUCGCCAUCCUCUGAACGUGUCACACCACCGGUUCUGCCCAAGGAUGCUAACCAGAAUGUGGGGAGUCCCCAUCACUGCAAGAUGGUAGCUGAACUGGUACUUCUUCACAACAACAACAACCAUCACCACGCCAACAAUUCCACAUUGCCAAGGACACGGGCAGACUCACCUCCCCUUGUGGGGAACACCCACAGCAAAAGUCCAGACAGUGACAAGACCUCCCCACCAAGCGACUUGCCAGGAGAGGGGCUGAACAAGCUCCACAAUGACUCUGAGUCUGGGGAUGAGCUGAGCAGCAGCUCAACAGAACACUUGCAGACAACAUCACCUACAGGUCAGGGGCGGUCCGACUCGCCGGUCUACACCAACCUCCAGGAGCUGAAGAUCUCCCAGUCCAGCCUGCCGCCCGUCCCCUCCAGCUCCCCUCUCCACAUCCUGGGUGACUGGGAGACCCACAAAGACCUGAGCGGUAGGCAUUUCUACUAUAACCGCGCCACCGGAGAGCGGACCUGGAAGCCGCCACGCACCAGGGACACCAGUGGCAGCACCAGUGGCAGCACCAGCAGUAUUCGAGGAGACAGCCAGGGCACAGCAGAGAGUGAGCCGCUGUCCUCCGAGGAAAACUGUCACAGCACCCACUCAAGUCAGUCUGACAGCCAGUACGGAUCGCCCCCUAGAGGCUGGUCUGAGGAGCUGGAUGAACAUGGACACACUCUCUACGUCUCUGAAUACACACAGGAGAAGUGGAUAAAACAUGUGGAUGAACAAGGUCGACCCUACUACUACAGCGCUGAUGGGUCCAGGUCAGAAUGGGAACUGCCCAAGUACAAUAUCUCCCCUCAGUCCGGUGAGGUUCCCAAGAGUCGCAGUCUGGAGAGGAAGCCGCAGGAUCCCAUUGUCCUCACCAAGUGGAGACACAGCACCUACGUGUUAGACCUCAACGACAAGUUGUCUUUCAAACUCUGGCGGUUCACUUCCGACCCACACAAGAGGAGAUUUCGUCUCUCUCUUUACCGUGAUAAAGAGUGUGCUCCGGCGCCCAAGCAGAGCUCUCCAGACUCUGAUUCCUGCCCCUCAUCUCCUAAGCACUCCUCGACCCCCUCAGAGAAGUGUGGAGUCCUCAAUGUCACCAAAAUCACAGAGAAUGGAAAGAAAGUCAGGAAGAACUGGACGUCCUCGUGGACAGUGCUGCAGGGUUCCUCCCUGCUCUUUGCAAAGGGUCAGGGAGGUAGCACCAGCUGGUCUUACUACCGCAGUGGCUCCAUCCCUGAGCUGCUCCUCACUCUCCUUAGCAACUGGAAGCCCUCAGUCAAGCCCCGUCCUGCUGUCUUCUAUGUGAACUGUAGGCCUGUGAAGGCUGCCGCUAAGUUCGGCAGCAACCAGUCGAAGCCCGAGUUCACUGUUGAUCUGCGAGGGGGGUCAGUGGAGUGGGCCUCCAAGAACAAGUCAAGCAAGAAACACGUCAUUGAGCUGAAGACUCGUCAAGGGACAGAGCUGCUGAUCCAGUCAGAGAUUGACAGUGUCAUCAACGACUGGUACCGGGCCCUCACAGAGACCAUCAACACACAUGCCUGGGAGUCAGAUGAGGCCAUUGAGGAGGACAUGCCUGAGUCUCCAGGAGCUGAGAAACAGGACAAGGAGAAAGACCACCGGGACUCCAAGAAGUACAGAGUGAUGAAGACCUCUGUGAGUAUGGACUCAUCAGACCAGAAAAAAACCAGGAUGAAGCUCAAGAAGUUUCUGACACGUCGACCCACCUACCAGGCUGUCCGAGACAAGGGCUACAUCAAAGAUCAGGUGUUUGGCUGCAGUCUGACCAGUCUGUGCCAGCGGGAGAAUACAUCAUUGCCCAACUUUGUCAAAAUGUGCAUCGACCAUGUGGAGAACACAGGUCUCAGUAUUGAUGGCUUAUAUAGAGUGAGCGGGAACCUGGCAGUGAUCCAGAAGCUACGCUUUGCUGUAAAUCAUGAUGAGAAGGUGGACCUGAAUGACAGUAAGUGGGAGGACAUCCACGUCACCACAGGAGCUCUCAAGAUGUUCUUCAGGGAGCUUCCUGAGCCUCUCUUCACAUACGGAUCCUUCAAUGACUUUGUGAAUGCCAUCAAAUGCUCCGACUACAAGCAGCGAAUGAAUUCAAUCAAAGACUUAAUCAAGAAGUUGCCAAAACCCAACCACGACACAAUGCAAGUCCUCUUCAAACACCUGCGGAGGGUGAUUGACCAUGGGGAGGCCAACCGCAUGACCACCCAGAGCGUGGCCAUCGUGUUUGGACCCACGCUGCUCCGGCCCGAGACCGAGACAGGCAACAUUGCGGUCCACAUGGUCUACCAGAACCAGAUAGUGGAGCUUAUACUGCUUGAGUACGAAAGCGUCUUUGGCAGGUAGAGGCAUGCACUCAGAAGAGGACGCCAGGCUUUUCAAACAUAGACUUCUUUUCCUUUUUCCCCCCUUUCUUUGACUGAACUGACCAUUGCUGUGGACCAAGCAGCUGGGAGAAAAAAAUCAAAUUUACAGGACAGUUUACAAAAGUGUUGCACUUACAGAAGUUUUGGAGAUGAAUUUAAAAAAGGUAUACAGAUUUCACCCACUUUUUCAGUUGCCAUUCCUGCUGCGAUAGCGGGUUGGACAAUGGACAGUGUUUCAGAGUGAUGCUGUGAUGACGUCCAUGUGAUUUGGAGGAUUUGAGUAUUCAGGUGUUUUCACAUACACUGGAUCCCUGAGGCCAGUAAUUUGAACUUCAGAGCGGAGCCGGUGGCACCCUUUGCCUCCUGGUGGAAGCUGACCAGACUUUGACCGGAUUGCGGCAGGGGGGGGUGGCAUUAAAAGCCAAACCGACGACCUCAUCACCUCGCUGAAGGAAUGAGCUGAAUCUGAACUGAAUAGUUUUUCUGCGUCGUGGAGGUUUGUUUGUGAUAUAUAACCCGGGUGUGGUUUCAGAUCAGGUGGAAAAAAUAAUCAGUGUUAUGUUAACAGACUGUCUUUUGGCACUUGGAUGAACUGGAGUUACAGAUCGUGUUCCCAAUUCCCACAAUCCCACUAUCCUUAGCGACACCAUCACCCCCGUCCCUAACCCCCACUUCCCCCUUUCAGCCAGUGUUAAGCAUUGACCCUGUGACAUGAGCGUCCUGUGACUUGAAUGAUGGAGGACAAGCCCUCUGUUUGUGUGUGUGAGUGAAUUAACCUAAAUGGAAUAAAACCUGAGCAGAAGCACCCUUGUCUUGCCACUUUGUGUCGUGUAGUCUUGCGUGCUUUGGUAAAAGUUUCCAUUAAGCUGCCGGGGGUCAUCGUCUGUGCUCCUUUAUGAACUUCAGUGUUGGUUUCUUCAGUAGCAGGAAAUGUCACUGGGGUCUUGGUGUUACUGGAAAACAAAGUGAUUUCUGGGAACUAAAAUGUUUUUAGUGAACUGUCUCUGACUGUCGGCUUGAUGACCCUUCUCUUCACCUAAGCUAAUAUUAAAGAGUAUGCAGAGAAGGGAAACUGAGAAUAUUUCAGAGGUUGAUGUGUGGAGCGUAUGGGUGUUAGAAUGCAAAGAAGAGCCUUUAAAAAGCAGAGCAUAUGUACAGUGACAAAAACUAGUUGUUAAAAUGUGUUAUAGUGACUGAGGUAUGUAUGCUUUGAUGGUGAACUAGUGAAAGAUGCUUUUGAUUUAGUAAAUUUGAAUUAAAACAUGACAUGACAAAACACAGAUUGUGGAAAAAAAUACAUGAUCGACUGUUACUUUGUUUGAAGGUGUAUCUGGAUUGUUUGCGCGUGGUCAGCUGCACAUUUUGAAUGUAAUUUUCAGGCUAACUGCUGUUUGUGAAAUUGCUAUGUCUAAUAAAAAAGACAAACUAAA